CGCGAGCUGAACACAGCCGAGCCACACACCGACAACGCCAAGAGCUGUCUAAUCUCGCGUUCCCCGAGUGCGAUCGAACCCAUCCAGGACACGACCACCUGCACCCUUGUCUGUAUAUCUAGGCUGACCGGCAUUGCAGCAACUGACACCUGCGUCUGCUCGGAAAUCUCGUCUGCUAGCUCCAUGCAGGACGCGCCGCUUAAACCUUCGUCACGGCGAUUUCAACCACGGACAUGAUUCAGGUCUCCGAUACUCAAACCCCCCUCUAAAUGGGAUGGUGAUCCAACACCGCCCGUAGCACAAACUUCACGAGCAGCAAGAACUCGGACCAGGACAUGUUCGUACUCCCGAACACGUCGCAAGCAAAAAGCAAAGGCUGCGGUGCCGUGAUCUGCCCACUUGCAAAUAAGGCGGUGCACAGUCGAACAGAACGGGCCAAGUGCUCCUCAUCUCUAGACCACUCUCGCAUCGGCAUCUUCGUCUCUCCCACCAAAAUAUUGCCGACCGCAAAAGCACAAGCACCAGACAACGAGGACGAUGAAGACGUCGAGGACAAGCCCAAAGGCCGCGACCGUCGGCAGAAAAAUCCCAGGAAAUCCCAGGAGGAUUUGGAUGUUACGAAGGGCGCACAGCUACGGGCGGUGACCCCGAAGCAGGACCAACAGCCCAAAGCCCAGCGGGCGGUGUCGCCGCAACCAAUCGAGGCACUGGAUGAUGGCGUACGGGCGGCGGCGAAAUCGCAGCAAGUUGACGACGAGGCCGAGGAUGUCAUGUCAAUCGAUGAGUCAGACAACGACGAGCCUGCGAUUCUUCAGGCGCUCGACUGCCUAGACCAAUACGCGGAGUUGGUAAUGGCCACAAUUCGCACCGAGCCAGGGAAGUCAGUCGACUCUGAUGAAAGGUUACUGCAUGAGCGUCAUCGAGUUAUCGGUGCAGAAGACGAAGCACUCACGGAAUUGGAGAACUGGAUCGGCAGCGCAUGGCUCCGCGGUCGCAGCAUGUACAGAUUGGUGACGAGGGAUUACGCAGAGGAUGACAACACUAUGUACUGGUAA